UCUGCAGCACUGAAAAUAAUGUCUUAUCGAUUGAGCGGUUCAACUUUUUUGGAUGUUUGCAGAAGGACUUGGCAUGUUUGCAUCGCUAGUUCUACUUAGCCGUGCGCCGAUGUUAGUCCGAUCCGCCUGUAUCAGAUCAGAUACAACGGAAUCGUCCCUGCUCCAACAUCCCCAGUUGACGCGACCGGUGGAUGCAAUGGCUGUCAAGACAUUUUCCACAAUGCGCAAGGCAUUGUUUGGCCUGGUGCUUGGAGUGGUCCUCUUUUCUGUCCUGGCCGCUGCUGGUGUAACCCCCGCCCGUGCUGAUGUUGCUGUCGGAGAGCUCUCCGUGGGACAGAUCGAGGGGCAAUUGCAGGAAUGUUCCUUUGUUCAGGCACUCAAUGAGCACAAGCGUGCAACAAACCCAGAAACCGCAAGUCUGACAUCGCGCAUCUUUGCUGUUCUCUUCCCUGGUAGCCCUGCGGUUAAUUCGAUCCUGGCGACUCUCUAUAUUUCUGGACCACCUAAUUUCCUUCUUGCACUAUGUCCGCCUAAUAUCGACCCCUCAUCCCUCUCCGUUAUGGUAGCAUUCGCAGUCGGUGGACUCUUGGGUGACACUCUUUUCCACCUGCUUCCGGAGAUCUUCCUGGGAGAAGAUUCCCCAGAUCACGUGCGGUUCGUGAUGGUCGAGCCUAACAAGAACCUGCUUCUUGGCUUGGCCAUAAUGGUGGGCUUCUUGACGUUUGUCGCUAUGGACAAGUCACUGCGCAUUGCUACUGGAGGGGACGGUGGUCACGACCAUGGCCACGCCCAUGCGCAUCAAUCCACGGUGGAAGAUAGUGCUGUGACAACUAGCUCGAAGUCCAACAAGGACAACAGUGGCAGCGAGCUGAAGCAGCGGAAGUCCAAGACAGAAGCCGGCGCGCCUAAACACGAAGAGCAUGAGGAGAAAGAGAUCAGCCAGAGCGUCAAGCUUGGUGGCUACCUGAAUCUGAUUGCUGACUUCACCCACAACAUCACUGAUGGCUUGGCACUAUCAUCUUCUUUCUAUGCAUCCCCGACCAUAGGUGCCACAACCACCGUCGCUGUUUUCUUCCAUGAGAUUCCUCAUGAAGUGGGAGAUUUCGCCUUGCUCAUCCAAUCCGGCUUCUCGAAGCGUAAGGCUAUGGGAGCGCAGUUCGUCACCGCUGUAGGGGCGUUCCUCGGAACAUGUAUCGGUAUUGCCGUGCAGGAGUUCGGCGGAGGGAACUCAUCGGACGCGUCUGCGGCGACAUCUGCUACCGGUCUUCUCGGAACCAGUCUGACAUGGGGUGAUAUGCUUCUACCGUUUACUGCCGGAACGUUCCUUUAUGUGGGCACUGUGGCUGUUAUCCCGGAGCUCCUCGAAACCGGCAAGGACAAAGGCGCCGAGCUUCGCAAGACAGCUACUCAAUUUUUGGCCAUGGCGGUCGGCGCUGGAAUCAUGCUAGGAAUUUCUUGGGAUUAAUCUAAGAACAAGUCAUCUAUCUGACAUGCAGCGCUCAAUCGCUCGACCAUGUUACAUCCAACUAAUGCAACCCAUCGAAGGAUAGUCCCUGCAUCAUCCGCAAGAAUAUAACUUCGUGUACUAUAACCCCUGUUUAUAAACAUAGACAAGGUCAUCAAUCUAGAAGUAGCACAAGGCCAAUCGAGAAACAGACGUGGCACGAUGCAAUCUACAAGGGUCAAGUCAGCUUGAUUUAUAAUCACAUCAUGCUUAUCGUAACAUGGCGAUUGGAGUGGCACGGCAUAUGAAAGACAAUAAACCUAAUGUAUAACCAGAUUCUACGAUAUCAUGGCUACCUAUAACGUGACAGUAGGAUAAUGUAACCCGCGGGAAUUAGGACUUGG